ACUCAAGACAGGACUGGUAUAGGGGUAUCCCGCAACCGGGGUAUCCUACCGGCGGAUGUGGUCUAGCUCACUAUUCAGGAUUUCAAAGAACUUAUUUUAACUUUAAGCGUUAAACUCCCGAAGAAGUAGGCAUAUCCAAACCGCAGGGAGUGUAUAAAAGAUAUAUUUGUCACAUGGAACAUGUUAAUUAAUAAUCUUUAAAAAGGACCGUUGUACAUUAAUUCGCACGCUCCACCUGGUGGGUUAAUUCAUUUUGCUCAACAAACUUCGUCAUUCUAAAUUGAACUUGAAUGUUGAAAGACCAUACAUACUCUUGUAAAGACGUGCAUUCAAGCAGAAUGCAUUUGUAAAGCUAAGUACUUGACAAUGCUCUGCACUGGGCUAGACCUGCGAUGAUUUUAGCCACUGAACUUUUAAAAUAGAGCUUAGGGUUUUUUAUCCUUUAAUCUGAGUACUAAUCUGUAUAGGACACGCAUUCGCGUGGAAAGCAAGAAGGGGCGGAGUUUUUUAUACAAGUAGAUUGUCCGCCUAUAUAUGUUUACUAUGAGAAACGACCGAUAAUUAGUAACGACUGAUAAUUUAGGAAGGAUCCGAUGUUCUUAUAACAACCUAGCAAUGGUAGUACUACUUCGAUGGAUGCUGAUUUGCAACCAAUCUGGUCAAUGGUUUUUUUGAAAUUGAAUCUAAAUCCUGAAUUGCUGAAUAAACGGAGUUCUGAUAUCAUCUUAGCGUUUCUAGUUUAAUGAAUGAAAUACGUGUAUACAUGACAGACAAUUCUGACUUGAACAACUUUGACUUCUACCCAGUGGUGAGUCUCAUCAAGCAUAUUCAACAACUGGAUGAUGGUUAAUAAAACAAAGUUUCAAGCAGUGGAAGGGAGUGGAAGUUACAUGCCGCGACUUGUGCAUUUCGAGGCAGGUGUAAGCCUUUGUACAAACUCAUUAUUGUGCAGGAAGAAGUAGAAUGGUCCAUGAACUUCGACAAAAAUAAAAUAAAACCGGUCAUAGUUGACAUCCUUGAGUCUUAAAGGAAUAUUCUCGAAACACCUGUUUUUGUCUGCGAUGCCAUUCCGUCUUACAAUUUACUUGGAUAUUAACCUCGCUUAUCACCGAUCGAGGACAAAUUCAUUUGCUCUGUGAGCAUAAUGACUCUUCGACACUACUUGAGGAGGCAUAAAGGAUUAUCUCAACUCCUUGAUCAAAAUUCUCUAAAAUCUCGACACAACCGACGACGCCACUCUACAGAAAAUCAUAAGCAUGCAGAUUCGAACUCCCAAUGUUGUAUAAACUUACUUUCGUUACAUUGUUGACUAAUGAUGCCGUGGUUGUGAAAAAAUAUCUUCAGAUCGGCAGUUUCAUACGAAUUUUGCCCCUACUGCACCGAGUGGAACGAUAGUUUUGACAUACAGCACAUAUCAAUCGGUUUUUCGGUUCUCACUUCUAACUACAAACGACUAUUUCAUGUUGCGUUGGACGAUACUUAUAACUUGGAGUCUUUGACAUUUCUUCAAUUCUCACUUUGAAUUUAUUACAAACGACUAUUCGAUUCGAGGUACAUUAAGACUUGAUUCUUCUGUGUGUACCACAACAAGAAUGGAACUAUGAUGUUUAUACCAUCCUCGAGUAUUGGAUGAUGCUUUUAGAAAAUAUUAUUUCACGAUCUGAAUGAGUAGUGGAAUAUUUCAUCAUGCCGACUAGAAAGUUACGUGUGAGAGAAAUGCCCCAGAAUGCAGAUAUGACGGCCUGCUAUCUCUUGACCAACCCCAGAGAUGCUUCCAUCAAUGUAUCUGGUCAUCCGGUUACCGGUACCAACAACAACAUGCCAAACAGAACCAACAUGAGGAAUGUCUCAUCGGCAGUGCACGGUCACCAUACUAAUCCACCAAACGAACUAGAACGUUAUGUUCCAGUUCUUACCGUCAAACGACCAGUAACAACGGUCUCUGCACCUGCGCUUCCGAUGGACUACGGGUCAGGCCAAGGUGAAGUGAGGGCGCCACAGAGUGCUAAAUCUCAUGCCUUCGGGAGGCCGGUGCCUCCUGUUGAUUGCUUCCAGUCUAGAACACCGAUCGCACAGAGAGUCCGGAACUGCAGCAGGUCUUUGGCAGUUGGUACGACACAACGUCCUAUAACAGACCUAAGGACUGGAUUCAUGAGGACAAUGUCCAAACCCACACCUGGUGAACUUGAUCUGAAACUUCAUCAAGAGAAACAGGCAAUAGACAAAAUUAAAGCCGACCUUAGACGUGAACAGGCAUCCUUUGAUGAUCCCGAUAGACUAGAUAUGAAAGACAUUCUGAAGUUUAUGAACGAACACCCUGUUGCAAGUAGCACGAGAAGACCAAGACCAAGGGCAGCCAAGCGUCGAGUUCCACAUGCGACUCUUGUGUCUAGUGAGGGAAUAGAGUCAAGAACACUAAGGGGAGAGGAGCUGACUGAGAAAGAAGCCAAGGCACAAAAGGCCAUCAGCGAAUACAAGCACAGACUGAAUGCCCUCAGCUCUCAAAUGCGUUCCACCAAAGAACGAUCUCAGAGUGCAGUAUCCCGUUACAGUCAUAACUCUGGGCAACACGACUUUGAUAGACAAUCUCUCAGACUUGCCCCAAAUAACAACGACCAGCAUGUCAGCAUACAACUUCUAAAUCUUCCAGAUUACGGAGGCAGGUCUUCUCCCCAAUGUAGUGUGGACUCCAUCAGUUCGAGAAGCGUCCCGCUGCAGACACGUCUUUCACCGAGAAGUUCGGCAAUUUCAUCGCCAAGGACAGCAUCUUCUUCUCCAGGUAGAAGGACACGCCAACCACAGUAUCCUGAACCUAUAUACAUUCCGAGCGGAGGGGAGGAUUUCAAUGGAACUAACGGAGAAGACCAACGGCAAUUUGUGAAGCUCUCCAUGCGUAGGUCGACGAACGUCACACGCGAAACGUCUCUCAUGACAGAUAUGGACCCGAACAAUCCUCCAAUCCUGACCGUACAGGUGUCAUUCCCCAGACCGACUGCUCCUCCUUCAAAUACACCAAUCAGCGCAUCUGAUGAAGAAGGCGAUAACGAUCUCGAUGGUAGUAUCUUCGGGGAUGAUGACAGUCUUGAAACGAACUGGUCGUCAAGGAGCUGCUCUCAGUUAAGUAGUGUUUCAAGUUCAAGGAUGACCUGCCGGUCUUGUACGCCAAGUGCAACAUCGAAUCGUGAAAAGAAUAAGACAAACGCAACUGCAACAGUUCCAAGUGUGAGUCUUUGACGCGAAAAGCCAGAGAACCAAAACUGUACUACACUAAUUUAACUUCUAUAAGAGGUUUAAAUCUAAUGAAACUGGCAUGACUAGUUAGCGCAUUAACCGAUCAGCAAUCACUUUAUGCCAGAAGCUUGAUUAUUAUGCAGUUCAAAGUAAAUAGUGUUUGUUGAGUAAUCCUCAUUGUAUACAUUGCGUUACUUUGUUAAUUAAGAUAUUGCGCCAAUAACUGGCGAUAGAUUAUUCAUAGUCUCUUUGAAUACACAAAACAGACUGCUCAUUGACUAUCAUAAAGAGGUUGCAUGAAUUAAUCAGGGAAACCUGCUGUCACGAUCAUGUCAACAAUAAGCCACCAAGCGCCACUGGGGUUUUGGGAAGAGGAGGGGGAGGCGGAGCGGGUCUCCAGCCCCCCCCCCCCCCCCCAAAAAAAAAAAAAAAAAAAAAACAAGAAACGUUUUGCUGAAUCAUUGUAUUUUAUUUCCAGCACCACAGUUUGAUUAAAUUUCAUUUGAACUUUUGUUCCUUGAAACAUUUAACCAAUGUCACACGCAAAAUCUCCAUGAUCACAAUGAUUUUCGACAAAAUAUAUUGGUCAAUUCAUAAAUAAAGUUGUCAUGAUUUUGAUGCACGCCGUCACCUAUGGGUUUUACUAUAUCACUUUUGGUAGCACUCUUUGGUGGAAUAUUCAAUCUCUAGGAUACAAUUUUAACUUCUCAGGUUGUGGGCUUGUGGCCCUCAUGGAUACCAACGCUGAUGCAUUUUUUUUGUAAUAGGCCUAAAAAAAAAAUCUAAUUUGAACCUAAUUAUGAAAAUAUCCAUGAAUGUAUGUCAAAGAUUAAUUAAAGCCAUGCGCACACUAUGCUAUUCGUUACGAUCCGAUUUUCAAAAGAAAUUAUAAUAACAUUUGAUAUAAACAUCCCAACCAAAUCGCGAUCUGAAAUAAGAAUAUUGGUAGGACUACUCAACUAAAGAAUAUAAUUCAAAUUCGGUUCCAAAUCGCACUGAUAUCAUCAGAGGCUGCGAUUUGAGCCGAUUUGGACUUUACUCCGACAACAGGGCUUGCCGCAAAGCAAAAUUAUGAUUUUAUUAUUCCUAACAGUAUAUGCCGUACUUUAAAUACAAUAAUUUUACUUCUUUGAACUUUCAUAAUUAACCCUAAUACCGCCGGGGGAUCAACCCCCCCCCCCCCUGGAACAUUUUCUGCGACCAUUCCACUGCGCGAAAUUUUUCGACAUCGCCACUCGCUGGCUUUUUUUACCAAAUUUAUGAUGCCCGGGUAAAGAAAACCAACAACGAAAUAUUACGUAAGUGCAUGUCAUACCUGAACUUGCUCCAAACCGUGAUUUUGUGUACAAAGUCAAUGUAAAUUGAGUGCUCUCAUUUUUAUAAUGAUAUGAUUAUUUUUACUUUCAUCAGAUGAUAUUAAUUGAUUUUAGCAUAAUUAUGCUUCAAAAAGAUUCUGUUUUUGUAAUUGUUAGCAAUGGUAUAAAGAAUAUUUACACCAAAAAAUUAGAAUUCUAGGAUUUUUUUUUAUAGUGAAUUAGAGCAAAAACUAUGAUUUACGCAUAAAUUAGCAUAAUUAAUUCAUAUUUAAAAAAUCUUAUUAUUUCAGAAAUUCAACCAUACAACCUUGUAGAUCAUAUCCCACACUAUUAUCAUUUUAAUUUUCACGGCGUUCGCGCGAUCGGCGACCGAGAUCUCGGAGGGGGGGGGGUCGAUUCAACCAACCCCCCCCCCCCCCGGUCAGAAAACACCCCCCAAAAAGCACGGUCUGGAGAGGGUUAAUGCAAAAUUCUAUUUAUUUUUAAAAUCGCGUCGUAUCGGAUCGCAUAUGUGCGCUGGGCUUAAUAAUUCUUCACCAAGUCAGAGUGAGCAUGAUUCCACUGAGACGAACAUAGUAUGGCCAAAUAAACAAACUAUAUAUUUCCAUCAAUUGUAUCUGUCAUUAAUAUCUAUUUUCUUUUCAUUCAAUUAUAGUUUAGUGCACAUUUCGCAUUUAAAUAGCCUAACAGAACAUGACUACCGUUUUCAAAUAGACAUGAUUGAAAGAAACGUUGUCAUCGAUCUUUAUAUUCAAAUUAAUGUGCCACCUAUUUUAAACAAUGAUGAAAAUUGACAUGCUUAUUGUGUUAUCUCAUGUGCUAUCUCCCUUAUACAGCCAGUCAGUAUGAUUUUUUUUCUUCAUGUUAUCAAAAUUACUAAGUACCAAUCUUGAUAUAACGCAUUAAUUGAGUAAUGGUAAUAAAAAUGACUUUAUUGCUACAUCCAUCGCCUGACUAAUUUGCAAACACCCGUCGCAUGGUACCAUGGACCUGAGAAGCGGGGCCCGUGUUGAAGCACACCCAAGAUAUUUGCUGAGGUGCUGCGUAUGUUAUUUACCAUAUACUCUUUAAACAAAUCAGUCAAAUUGACUAGACCAGUAGUCAGCUGGGUGCAACUGAUAUGACAAUCACUGAUAGUCACAUUUCUGACGUACAUUCUAGUCAGAAAUAACUAUGUUCUAUUGAAAGACGACAAGAAAAUAGUCAAAUAUGACUAGAAUAACAGUUGCAGCCAGCUGACCCUAUUAACUCGUCAUUUUUACUGAUUUUUUUUUAGAGUGUAGGCAGCACUUUCUGGAAAUCAGGUUGGUAUGCUAAAAUGUCGAGAUUUGACCCGAAUCUCCGUCAUUUGGAAACAAUAAUAUAUAUAAUUGGAAGCGGUUCGUCAGUUCUGUCCUGAAAAAAUUCCCACAUUAUACAUUUCUAGUGAUAGCCUUUAUUUUUUUCUAAACCCAGGCACCCCCUAUUCAAAAAUCAUUCCCAGGCCCUACAUGUUACCGCUCGCAAAAGCAGGUAAUCAAAAAUUAACAAGCGGCAGAUGGUCACCCCUGUAAGUACCAUUUCAAUUUCUUUCUAAAAUAUCAGUUGUGGUAAUGAUUUCGAAAUGAGUUCGUAUGGAAUCCAAUGAAAUAGCCACCCAAGUGUUAGUUGUACAUUUAUGUAUUAAUAAAAAUAUGUGACAGAGGAGUUUUGACCCCAAAAAAUGUAAUUGCUGAGAAAUCAGCAACAUGAACAUGCUGGACAUCGGGUCUUUUUCCGAGCAAUAAUAAUCCACUGUUCCAAAUUUCUGCUGUAGCAUGUGGCUAUUUACAUUACAAAUGUUGAUAUAUUAUGUUGAAGAGAGUUUGAAAAUAAAGUUAUUUUAUUUUGAAGAUAA